AUGGACCCCUUCGGUGAUCCCGACCAAGACCACAGCAAUGUCACCACUGCUGCUGCUGUGGGUCCCGAGGCAGCCAUCGACGGGUCGCCAACGCAUCACAAGGUUGACUCGCCCUUCGUCGAAGAGGAGGGACACGACCAGGCACCCGCCGCAGCCACGCCACCUUCGGCAGUGGCGCAGGACAGCCUCGAUCCACUCACCGCCUCCGCCCUCGCCUCCGCCAGCGCCCCUCACGCCCGCUAUCGCGAUGGCUUUGACGAGCCCCCCGCAUCAGUGAUGCUCGACAUCGACGGAGGCACGGGCACCCCUCGUGCCAGCGCAGGCGCAACCAGGCGUUCCGAAACAUCAGCCCCGUCGUCUCGAGGUGGGCGCUUCAAAGCCUCGAUCUUUGAGCAGUCCCGCAUCCCAGACGAGCCGCAAGCGGAACAUGCGUCGUCGCACCGCGAUAGGAGAGGAAGCACAGCCGACGACGACGAUGACGACAUCGACGACCCCGACGGCCUCUACUCGGACGAGGAGGCCGCCCUCAUGGCCAGAGAGGAGCGCAGGCGCGGCUACCCGCAGUCAUCCUCGUCUGGACGGCGAAGUAAGGGCAGAUCUCGCCGCCAGCGGGCCGACGGCACCACCUACGAAGACGGCAGCGCCUCUAGCUCGAGGCAUCGAGGUUCCUCCUCCAGCCGCUCCGGGCGCAGCGAGAGGAGCAAAAAGGCCCGAGGCUGGCGCUGGACAUCAGCCCUGCCUUCCACGGCACCCCAGAGCCGCCGCACGGCGCUGCGAGGGCUCGACCCGAAGCAAAAGGCGCUCUGGAUGUGGGCCAACGUCGACAACAUGGACGCCUUCCUGCAGGAGGUCUACUCGUACUACGUGGGAAAGGGCGCCGUCUGCAUCGCCCUCUCUCGCGCCCUCAACCUUCUGACGAUCGCCUUCGUCAUCGGCUUCUCGACCUUCCUGCUGGGCUGCGUCGACUACUCGAGCAUCCGCCACGACGGACGUCUCUCCGAGGUCAUCGUCGACCACUGCGUGUCGCGCUUCUCGAACCUCGCGCUGGUGCUCCUGGUCAGCUUCGUCGCCUUUUUCGGCUGGCAGGUGCUCCAGUUUGGCUUUGGCCUCUCGCGCCUCGCCGCUAUGCACCGCUUCUACACCCACCUCCUCAACAUACCGGAUGCCGACGUCCAGUCGAUUCCGUGGAACGAGGUCGUGAACCGCAUCGCCACGCUGCGCGAGGAGCAUCCGAUCACCUCGCUCAGCUCGCAGGCCGAGGGUAACGCCGACGACGGCGCGGGCCGACCCAGCGAGAAGCUCGAUGCGCACGACGUCGCCAAUCGCAUCAUGCGCCAGGAAAACUACCUCAUAGCUCUGUUCAACAAGGACACGCUCGACCUCUCGAUCCCCGGGCUGCGCCACCGAAGCCCCGCCCUGACCCGCAGCCUCGAGUGGAAUCUCAACUUCUGCCUGCUCGGCUUCCUCUUCGACUCGCGAGGCCAGGUCAGGCGCCAGUUUCUCACCGACCGCCACCGCGGCCAGCUGAUUGAAGGGCUGCGCCGGCGCUUCGUCUUCAUGGCCAUCGUCAACGCCGUCUUUGCACCAUUCAUCGUCCUGUAUCUGCUCCUCUACUCGUUCUUCCGCUACUUUGAGGAGUACCACAAGGAUCCCUCGAACCUCGGCUCCCGGCAGUACACCCAGUACGCCCGGUGGAAGUUCCGCGAGUACAACGAGCUGCCGCACCUCUUCCGGCGCCGCUGCCACAGCUCGUACCCGUACGCCCAGCGCUACAUCGACCAGUUCCCCAAGGAAAAGACGGCCGUGGUGGCGCGCUUUGUCGCCUUCAUCGCCGGCUCCUUCACGGCGGUGCUGCUGCUCGCCUCGGUCAUCGACCCGGACCUCUUUCUCCACUUCGACAUCACGCCGCAGCGCAACGUCCUCUUCUACGUUGGCGUCUUUGGCGCCGUGCUGGCGUUUGCGCGCGGCAUGAUCCCCGACGAGCACCUCGUCUUUGAGCCCGAGGUGCUGCUGCGCGCUGUCAUCCACCACACCCACUACAUGGCCGAGGGCUGGAAGGGCCGCUUCCACUCGGCCGACGUCCACGCCGAGUUCGGGCGCCUUUACACGCUCAAGAUCUACAUCUUCUUCCAGGAGCUGCUCUCGGUCAUCACGACGCCGUUUGUCCUCUGGCUGUCGCUGCCCAGGAGCGCCCCCGCCAUCAUCGACUUUUUCCGCGAGUUCACCGUUCACGUCGACGGCGUCGGCUACGUCUGCUCGUUUGCCGUCUUCAGCUUCCGCCGCGAUGGCGUCGCCGCCGACGAGGCGACGAGCGGCGGUGGCGGUGGUGUUGGCGGUGGCGGCGGGCGUGCCGGCGUGCCCGAGUCGAGGCGGGCCAAGAUGGAGCAGUCGAUGCUCGGGUUCAAGGCCAACCACCCGGACUGGGAGCCCACGGACCCCGCCAGCUCCCUCUUUUUGUCGCGGAUGGCGGCCAUGGGCUCGGACGGCGGCGCUCUGCCCGCGGGACACUGGCUCGGCGACGACGGCCGUCCGGCUCGCGAAGGGCGGUACACGGAUCGGGGGCGUGGAGCUGCAGCGGGAGCCGGCGGCGGCGGCGGCGGCGGCGGUGGGUUCGAAGGGCUGCGAGGUGCAAGUCGCGCUGCGGCCGACGCCGCCGAGGUGGGCGGCAAGCCGUUCACGCCAAUCAACUCGACGCUGCUGGCGACGCGUUCGCAGUUCUACGAGGACGCCUUUACUCGGUCGAUUGCGCUGGCGCGCGACAAGGACAAUGCGGCUGCGCUGGCGGCGAGCGCUCACAACCAGGGACGGUCUGCCGGCAGCAACAAGCACCCGCCGCGAUCGAGGUCCAAGGGGCGUGGGCGCGCCCACAACGACAGCACCUACUCGUCGCGGAUCGUCGAGGUGGACGAGGAGGACGACGGCGACGAUGACGCCGGGGUGGGUCGCUCACGAGCCAACAACGGCAGGGCCGGCCUCGAGGCCCACGGAAGCUUUGAAGGCGUCGACCCCGUUCGGGGCGGCGGCGGCGGCGGCAGAGGGAUGGACCAGAGCCACUUUGAUGCCACGUCGGCGGGCCAGACGGGAGUGCGCGACCUUCUGCACCACAUCUCGACGGGAAGGGGCACGCCAGGCGGUGCGCGGUGGUAG